ACAACAUUUAUUAGUUCUCUGUUUCAAAAACAACUUUUUCUUUGGUGGAAUAAUCAGUCCGAUAUUAGGAAUGUCAACCUCUUAAUCUUAAUUUUUCUGCAAUAACAUAAAUAUUAAGAGGUACGAAGAUGUGAAUACCAUCUCAAAAUUUCAACCAGAUUCUUGUGUAUCUUCAAAACCAGAUUCGAUGCAAAAAUUUGUGAUUGUGGUCAUAAAAACAUGGUGCCAACAUGUUUGAAAUCUUUUUGUGUGUUUUUGGUUGUAGUUAGCCUUUCCAAUGGACAAUAUGGAGGUGACCCUUGUACUACUCCCGCUGGAAUACAGGGAAAUUGUCUUCCCGUAAGAUCAUGUCCAUCUAUGAUGACGGCUCUUCUCACUGUUCAAAGACCCUUAUCUGAUACAGCAAGAGAACAACUUGAGGCUUACUAUUGCAGUACAGACUUUAAGGUGUGUUGUCCUCGUGUACCAAUCGUCAUAAAGGAACUGGCCAAUCGAACGGAUCCUGAUACGUCUGAUCCCGGACAAAUUUCGUCUGAUGUAGAUAUGACUAAGCAUAGAAACUACGGACUGUUGCCUUCAGACUGUGGUUAUUUGGAUGUGGCGGUAACAAAAAUCAUAAACGGACAGGACGCAGGACGUGAUUAUCCAUGGAUGACUUUACUGAGUUUUAGAGGACCUGAUAAUAGAGGAGCGUUCGACUGUGCUGGUUCAAUUAUCAACAAUAGAUAUAUCCUCACGGCAGCCCACUGCUUAGUAGAUAGAUCGAGAUUGUUGGGUGUAAGAGUGGGUGAAUACAACAUUACCAAUAAAGGUGUGGACUGUUUUGGGAAGGGUGAUGAGAUGGACUGCAACUAUCCUACUCAGGACUUAGCUAUUGAAGACAUAAUUUCACAUCCAAACUACGAACAAAAACAACAGAUAAACGAUAUUGCUCUGUUAAGGGUUACACCAAUCACUUUUAACGACAAAAACAUAAAACCAGUGUGUCUACCACGAGUGAAGAAAUCUGAGUUUAAUCCAGUAUCUGUAGAAGUUUCGGGUUGGGGACUUACAAAAUCUUUUGGAAGAAAAAGUAACAUUUUACAAAUGGCCUUUUUGAAAGUUGUUACUCCCAGUAAGUGUCAACCAUUUUAUCAGAAUUUGACGGUUAUUGACGACUCAAGAAUAUGCGCAGGUGGACUUGUAACAAAAAAUGACUCAAACGCUUGUAGCGGAGACAGUGGCGGGCCUUUACAAGUUCAAGAGAGGCUACCAGGUGUUGGAUUAAAAUAUGUACAACAUGGAAUUGUAAGCUUUGGUGUCAAACAAUGUAACUAUCCUGCGGUGUUUACAAAAGUAGAUUUCUAUAUAAAGUGGAUACUGGAUAAUAUGAGGCCUUAAAUAUCGGGACGAUCUGGACUAAAAUUGAAAUGCAACGAUCCAUAAAAUUCAUAUUCUGAAACUUUUAGUGAUUUGAGUAUGGUUUUCAGGCAACACUAUUUAGAAUAAUUGUUCUCUAAUUGUGACAUAUACAUAUUAUAUAAAAAUAAAUGUUACUUUUUGUGUAUCAUUUUGGAAUAAAAUUUUAGUAAUUAAA